AUGGUGGCCGGCAUCAGCAAACGACAGCAGUUCCGCAAUGAGAAAGCAUUGCAGGAUCUCAUCCGGUCUGUUCCUGGCAAUGACCGAUGCGCAGAUUGUGAUGCGUUGAACCCAGGAUGGGCAAGUUGGAACAUGGGCAUUUUCCUUUGCAUGCGGUGCGCAACUCUGCAUCGCAAGCUGGGCACUCACAUCUCCAAGGUUAAAUCCUUGAGCAUGGACAGUUGGUCGUCGGAUCAGGUCGAUAACAUGAAGUCGCACGGAAACAAUCUUAUGAACAAGAUCUUUAACCCUAAGAACAUCAAGCCCCCGAUCCCCGUUGAUAUCGACGAGGCCGACUCGUGCAUGGAGCGAUACAUCCGGCAGAAGUACCAACACCGGUCCCUGGAGGAUGGGAAGCCGAAGCCCCCUAGCCGUCAUGAUUCCGGUUACACCAGAUCGCCCGAGGGCUCGCCGCCGCCUCUGCCUCCCAAAACUGGCAAAUUCUUUGGCUUUGGUCUCCGGACUGCCUCUUCCACUUCCAACUUGCGUCGACAAUCGGUUGCCAAAGCUUCCUCGCCGCGAUCUGAAAGGCAUGACUCGCCGCCUCCGGUUCCCAUGAAUACUGCGUCCCGGGGCUUUGGGGCUGCUGUGGGAGACAUGACUGGCGCUUCCUUCGAGGGGAAGCUGAUCGCUUUGAGAGAAAUGGGAUUCCCCGAUGACCGACGAAACGCCACCGUCCUCAGAGGCCUCAAUGGUGACCUCGAGAGAGCAGUUGAAUCUCUGACACGACUGGGUGAGGGAGGUAUGCCUGCGUCGCGGGCCAGAACCCCGGUGCCGGCAGCAACAACUGUGACUGGUGGAAGUGACGGGGCCAUCAAGAGAGAUACAUCUUUCAACCCAUUUGAUCAGUUGGAUUCCAAGCCUCCAAGCCAGCCAACUGGGAGCUCAUAUAACCCCUUUGACGUGCCAACCCAACAACCGGCCUCCGCACAUCCCUCUUCUGCGCAUAAUCUCGAAGCAUCUUUCCAGAAUCUGCAGGUGUCCCAGCCGUUGUUCCCUCAUUCUACCGGAGGUUAUCCUACCCAGCAGCAUUCUCUUCCUCAGCCGCUCUACCAACAGUCAGCCACUCCUCCAGUUACUUCGACAUUUUCUCAAAGUUUUGUCUCAUCGCCUCAGUCUUUUGAUGCUGGUAACAACCCCUUCUUUCAGCAAACACAGGCUCAGGCCGGCUUCAACCAGCCCUCCAACCAAAACCUGGGCGUUCCGCAGACGAACCCUUUCUUCAACCAGGGUUCUCAAAACUCCAUGCAGCAGCCGCAGAGUCAGCUAUCGGCAGUAGGAUCGGUUCCAACGAUUGCAGCCCCCAACCCGCCGCGACAUGCCAAUACCAUGCCGGCAUUUUCGUCGACAUCGCCAUUUGGGCCAGCUUCUCCGUUCCAGCAGCAGCAACAGGCCCAACAGGCCCAACAGUCGCACCUUCAACCUCCGUCAACAUCGCCAUUUGGGCCGGUCCAGCAACAGCAGGUCCAACCUCAGUCCACAUCACCCUUUGGACCGGUACAGCCGCAGCUCCAGCCUCAGUCAACAUCGCCAUUUGGACCAGUUAAGCCGCAACAGCCGCAGCUCCAGCCCCAGUCCACAUCGCCGUUUGGACCGGUCCAGCAACAGCCUCAGACUACAUCGCCAUUUGCACCGGUUCAGCAACAGCAGGUCCAACCUCAGUCUACAUCACCAUUUGGUCCGAUUCAGCCCCAGCAAACACAGCCUUUCCAGCAAGCUCAAUCAGCUUUCCCGGGCCAGAGUCCGAAUAAUCCUUUCCAGUCUAUGACCGCGCCAACUACCCCUCAGAGUGCAGGAUUCCAAACGCAAUUUCAAUCCCAAUUGCAGCCUGGAUUCCAGCAACCCCAGCAAUUGACUCCUCAGGCAACUGGUCGCGUGGACAAGUCAAGCAUUCUUUCCUUGUAUGGGCUCUCUCCCGCACCGUCGGUGCCCACCCAGCAGCCACAAACAAUCAGCCCGGUUCCUGGAUUGACACCGUCAAUCGGCUCAACGCCCCAGUCUCAAGCGGCAUCCACACCACAACAGCCCCAACCACCAUCCGCAGGCUUCGCAGCGGCUGGAUCUCGCAACCCAUACAUGAGUACAUCGCCAGGAAUGCCGCAGCCAGGUUUUCCAGCACAGCCUCAGCCCUCACAGUCUGGUCUUGGAAUUGGGAUGGGCGUGAAGGCCCCUCAGCCGACAACUGGCCCUUUCUCACGAAGCCACAUGAGCCAACAGAGUGUAGAUAUCAGCGGAUUACAAAAUGGACGACACAGUCCGGAUGCAUUUGCCAGUUUGAGUGCACGCUACGGUUAA